AUGGCGGACGGUGAACCUGGCCACAUAGGCACAGCAGUUAUUGCCAGCAACCGGGGCAGAGGGAAGCCUCCGGGGAAGGGUAUAGAGGUGGCCCAAGAGACUAUCCGUAAAUUUGAAGCUGAAAAGAUGUGGAAACGUCCAAGUUUAGUCACAGCGACGAGGGUGUACACAGAGAGGCAGGACUGGUCUGUGAUCGCAGACACCCGACUGGACAUCUCUACAUUGGCUGUGGACAUAGUGGUACUGGGAGCGCAUCAAGAGAGCCCGCUCAAGCUGAAGCGCUGCACAAGCUAUGUCGUCCUUCUCUCCGCCGCGAAUGCGGGCUGGAUGCUAGCGAAAGACCUGGCAAAGGGGGCGCCGAGGGGGCACAGUCGGGACGCUGAGCGGGCGAGGAGGGGACAGGGAGAGGGACGCAGAAGGUGCCCUCUGCGGUGGGCAUUACUAUUUCCAGCAUCCUCGCGAGGGAUCUGGAAUCCGCCGGGGUCCCCUGCCCAGGAUCGUGCAGCCUGUGGAAGGCAGCAGGGGCCAGGGUGCCGAAUGGAUCGAAUGAGCUUCUCGGGGGAUUCCCUGAGCUUGGUGAACGAAGAACCCACCCUGACGGUCAGGCCUAACCCCACUGCCAAUAGCAGAGCAGCACUAGGCGGAAAUGGGCUGCCUGUGCCUGGCACCGGGAGCGGCAGAGGCGGCCACCCCUGUGGAGGUAGCGCCCGCAGUGCCGAGCUCCUGUGCCUGGGAGGACGCGGGCACUGGAUGACCUGCAGUCGGGGCUGCUCCCAGGCAGAGCUCCCUGGCUUUCUCAUAGCGCGGCUCGCAGGAAACGCUGUACCAUGGCACAGUGAAGGCAUGGUGGUGUGUUCCUGUAGUCACGGCUACUCAGGAGGUUGAGGCGGGAGGAUCAGUUGAACCCAGGAGUUCAAGACCAGCCUGGGCAACACAGGGGUCCCUAUCUCUAUAAAAAUAAAUUAAACAAAAUGGAA